AUGAGCCAUGCCGUGCCGCUUCUCGGGAAGAAAGAGGCCGCGCGGCCGGAGCAGGCGGCGCCAAAGGGGGCUCGGAACGACGGCAGUGCCAGCUUCGUGCGAACAUGCCUCAACGGCGUCAACGCCUUGUCAGGUGUUGGGGUGCUGUCGGUGCCCUACGCCCUGUCGGAGGGUGGGUGGCUGAGCCUGCUGCUGCUGGCCGCCGUGGCUGCCGCCUGCUGGUACACCGGCCUCCUCGUCGGGCGCUGCAUGGACGCCGACCCGGCAAUCCGGACGUACCCGGACAUAGGCCACCGCGCCUUCGGCCGCCCCGGCCGCCUGCUCGUGUCGUCUUUCCUGUACGCCGAGGUCUACCUCGUCGCCGUCGGCUUCCUCAUCCUCGACGGGGACAACCUCGACAAACUCUUCCCGGACUCCAGCGUCGCCCUGGGGCCCGUGUCGCUCGCGGGGAAGCAGCUGUUCGUCGUGCUCGUCGCGCUCAUGGUCGCGCCCACGACGUGGCUGCGCAGUCUGGGCGUGCUCGCGUACGUCUCCGCAGCAGGCGUGUUCGCGUCGGUCGUCGUCGUCCUCAGCGUGCUCUGGGUGGCGGCCGUCGACGGCGUCGGGUUCUCCGGGAGAGCCACUACUAUGCCGCUGCGGCUCGCCGGCCUCCCCACCGCUCUCGGCCUCUACACCUUCUGCUACUGCGGCCACGCCGUGUUCCCGACGCUGUACACAUGUAUGAAGCAAAAGUCCCAGUUCCCAAAGAUGCUGGCGAUAUGCUUUGUGCUGUGCACGCUCAACUACGGCUCAAUGGCCGUGCUCGGGUACCUCAUGUACGGCGACGGCGUGCAGUCCCAGGUGACGCUGAACCUGCCGGCGGCGAGGCUCAGCUCCAAGAUCGCCAUAUACACGACGCUGGUGAACCCGCUGACCAAGUACGCGCUCAUGGUCACGCCGAUCGCGACGGUCAUCGAGGAGAGGAUCUAUGUCGCGGCAGGCCAUGGCUCCGCGGUCCCCGUGGCGGUGAGGACGCUGCUGGUGCUCAGCACGGUGGUCGUGGCGAUCGCCUUGCCGUUCUUCGGCUACCUCAUGGCGCUAGUGGGGUCCUUCCUCAGCGUCGGCGUGUGCAUGCUCCUGCCAUGCGUCUGCUACCUCAGGAUCUUCGGGGCGCCGUCCGUGAAGUGUCGCCGCACCGCCAUGGAGGCCGCCGCGAUCUUCGGGAUACUGGCGUUGGGUGCGCUUGCGGCUGUAACAGGCACGUACUCUUCUGUGAUGCAAAUUAUCCACCACUUGUAA